CUCCCAAUCUUGCGCCUUGUGUCCCUCUCCCAGCGGUUCCUAUAGCUCCUCCAAUCUCCGCUCCGUCUCCCACGCCACCACAUCGACCACCAACAACUACUAUCCCCUCCUCCGCCGCCGGAGAAAGAGAUGAAGCCGCCGGUGGAUGAGGCGCCGACGAAGGAGGAGCUGGAGGUGGCGAGGAUACUCUGCGACUUCCCUAAGCUCGUCCUCGAGGCCGAGUCCCGCCGCCUACCGGACUUCCUCCGCUGGCGCGUCCGCCGCCGCCGAUCCGCCCUCGACGACGGCAGCUCCCUUCUUGACCCUCCUCCUCCUCCUCCGCCACCACCACCACCCUCGAUUUCCCCUCCUCCCGAUGGGAACGGCGAGAGGAAAGACGGGGACGCCGGCGGCGGGGCCACCUCGAGCCCCGCAACGCCGUUAUCUUUCCCGGCGAGUGGCAGCGACGAGCACGACGGCCGGCCCCCGCGGCCGCCCUGCUCUCUCCCCGCCAAGAAGUUCAAGAGGACCAAUCGACACAUGGAGUGGGUCAAGGAACAGAAUCAGUUGAUAGCGUCCUUAUCCUACCGAAAAGCUCACCUCCAACGCUCAAUAGCGGAGUACCAAGCCCUGUACCAGAAAUUAAAACAAAAAAAUUCUUGGCUGCAAGACCUUCAAUCCAAGGCGGUACGGGAAUCGAUGGCGGAGGAAGGCCAGAGCCAGAGGCAGCGACAGCGGCAAGACGGCAGCUCCGGGCUGGCCCCGCUGGGUCCCACCACCCUCCAAUCGUCAGCCACGCGUUACGUGGUGGAUCCUCGCAGCCAACAUACCGAGAUCCAGCCACGGCCGGCGGACCGGCUCGCCGGUGCCGGGACUCCGUCGUUGUCAGUGGUGGCGUUGGAUCUGAACGCGAGUCCUCAGAAGGAGGAGGAUGAGUGGGAGCGGAGCAGUGCGUACAAGGCGGCGAUUGCUGCGCAGGCGAGGAAGAGACGGCUGGAGAUACAGCGCGAGAAGAACAACAACUGUUCUUCUUCUCCUCCAUCUGCUUUGUUUUCUAUGGCUCAUAAGAUGCCACGGUUAAGAUGAUGGCCUCUUUUUUUUAUCAUUAUUCUUUAAGGAUUAAUUAUUUUGUUCUUUUAAUUUGUGGUUCUUUUGCUGCCGUUUUGAUAGGAAGAAGGGAGGAAGUUGUGACGUAAGGGGAUGGGGGUUUGGAUGAGGAAAUAGUCACGAAGUUUUGUAUUAGUGUAGCAGGUUUGACCAUAUAUGUAUAUAUAAAUAAUUUGUUUGCUGAGAAAUGGGAAAUAUGGAUUACUGUUUUGAUUUCAA